UUGUGUCCACCGGUGAAGCGUCUGCGCUGCUGUCGUAGGAUAAAACAAGACGAUUUAAAGGCUUCAAACGCGACUACGACCUGUGUGAGUCGACAAAGAAGUGUGUGUAAGGUGAGAAGAGUCACAUGUGGAGACUAACCGCACAGGAAUAAACAGGAACUCCUCUCACUCGCAAAGAUGGCCCAUCUCCCAACACUUUUCAAGUAUGUGGACGAACACCAGGAUCUUUAUGUGCAGCGCCUUGCAGACUGGGUUGGAGUCCAGAGUGUGUCUGCUUGGCCAGAGAAGCGCGGGGAGAUCAAGAAGAUGAUGGAGAUGGCAGCCAAGGACAUUGAGAAGCUUGGGGGCACAGUGGAGUUGGUGGACGUUGGCAAACAGAAGCUUCCCAGUGGAGAGGAGAUCCCCCUGCCUCCUAUUAUUCUGGGGCGUUUGGGGUCAGACCCAGGCAAGAAGACUGUGUGCAUCUAUGGUCACCUGGAUGUCCAGCCAGCCCAUAUUGAUGAUGGAUGGGAUACAGAGCCCUUCACUCUGGUGGAGAAAGAUGGUAAGAUGUUUGGAAGAGGGUCCACGGAUGACAAAGGUCCAGUAUUGGCCUGGUUUAACUGUAUUGAGGCGCACCAGAAGCUCCAGCAGGAGCUUCCCAUCAACAUUAAAUUCUGCUUCGAGGGCAUGGAGGAAUCUGGAUCUGAGGGCCUGGAUGAACUGGUCUUUGCCAGAAAAGACACCUUCUUUAAAGAUGUGGACUACGUCUGCAUCUCUGACAACUAUUGGCUGGGCAAGACCAAACCCUGCAUCACCUAUGGUCUGAGAGGGAUCUGCUACUUCUUCAUUGAGGUGGAGUGCGGUUGCAAGGAUCUACACUCAGGAGUGUUUGGCGGCUCUGUUCACGAGGCUAUGACCGACCUCAUUGCACUUAUGGGCUCCUUAGUAGACAAGAAGGGGAAGAUCUUGGUUCCUGGGAUGAACAAUGAUGUGGCCCCUCUGACAGACGAGGAGAAAAAGCUGUACGAGAAAAUUGAUUUUGACUUGGAUGAGUACUGCAAAGAUGUUGGAGUUGGACAGCUACUGCAUGACACCAAGGAACAAAUCCUUAUGCACCGCUGGAGGUAUCCAUCUCUGUCUCUUCAUGGUAUUGAGGGGGCUUUCUCUGAGGCAGGGGCUAAGACUGUUAUCCCGCGCAAGGUCAACGGCAAGUUCUCUAUCCGCCUUGUCCCUGACAUGGACCCCAAAGUUGUGGAGAAGCAGGUUAUUGACCAUUUGCAGAAGAAGUUUGCUGAGCUGGGGAGCCCCAACAAACUAAAUGCAUACAUGGGCCACGGUGCCAAAGCCUGGGUGUCUGACUUCAACCAUCCUCACUACAUGGCUGGUAGAAAGGCUAUGAAGACAGUCUUUGGUGUGGAGCCUGACCUGACUCGUGAAGGUGGGAGUAUCCCUGUCACCCUGACUUUCCAGGAGGCCACGGGACGUAACGUCAUGCUGCUUCCUGUAGGAUCCUCUGAUGAUGGAGCUCACUCUCAGAAUGAGAAACUCAACAGAACAAACUACAUUCAGGGGAUCAAGAUGCUGGGUGCAUACUUCCACGAGGUGUCUCAACUGGAAUAAACUGAUGUCUAAUGACAAAUGUGAAAUAAUGUCCUUCCUCACUAUCACAGCCAUAGCCUUUCUGGUAUGAUUUACCUCCCACAGAGAACAGUUUUGUACACACUGCCUCCUAAUAAAAAUAAAGUAAAAUCUUUGUUA